CGCUAUGGCGCUAGCACUCGGGUGACUCGGGCCUCAGUUUGUGAAAUCACGCCGCGAGCGUCGGAGCUGCCGCCACGAGGCCGACCUUCGCUAUUGAUAAGUUUCAAAUACGAGGUGCAACUAAUGCGUAUUAUCUUUGUUCGAUAAAUGUGCCGAUUAGUGCUACGGCCCCGAGUGAAAUUUGUGUGAAUUCGUGUAGUGUGGCAAUCGUGAAACGUGUGAUGAUGUUAUUUCCUAGUGGCCAUGGAAUUAUGUACAUAUUUGAAGGGCCCCCUGCGAUCCUGACACCGAACUAAGUAGCAGUUCGUCGGCUAGGUAGCCACUUCCACGUUUCCACGGAUACGACUACUUCUAAAUUAUCACGUCUGAGUGCGUCGUAACUGUGAUUGUUGUGAAACUCAGUGUUAAAAACAAGUGCAAUAUACUGAUAGUGCAAUCGUUCUGUUGACUUUGACUCGUUGUUGAAUAAAGUGAAUAUAAAAUGGAGCGAGAAUCGAACCCCAUGGAGGCCUUGUGCCGUUCGGGAUGUGGAUUUUACGGAAAUCCAUCCACGGAUGGACUUUGUUCAGUUUGUUUUAAGGAGGCGUUAAAAAAGAAGCAGCAACCCCCCGCGACGACGCCGUCCCCGGUGGCGAGCACGUUCGUGCCGGCGCCCGCGGCCACGCCCCUCGCCGCCGCCGCGCCCACCGUGCCCAGCCUGCCCAGCCUGCCCAGCCUCGCCGGCCUGCCGACCUCCCCCAGCCUGACAACCACCACAGACAAAAUCGAGGAGGAGAGCGGUGCGGGCACGAGCGGCGCCAGCACCGGCGCCUCCGACACCGACGCCGACGACAAGGAUCCCAGCAAGGACAAGAAGAAAAAGAACAGGUGCGCCGUCUGUCGCAAGAAGGUUGGACUCACAGGGUUCGAGUGCCGCUGCGGAGGUCUGUUCUGCGCGGUGCACCGGUACAGCGACAAGCACGAGUGCUCGUUCGACUACCGGGAGCUCGGCGCGCAGGAGAUCCGCCGCAACAACCCCGUCGUCGUCUCCCAGAAGAUCCACAAGAUAUGAGCCGCCGGCGCCGGGCCCCGCCGCCCGCGCCACACGCCACCCUGCGUCGGCUAGAUUCAUUUGGGGCGAAUUUUGCUUAAAGAGGUCGGGCAACACCGCGACCGAUGUGCACGACGCCUAACUCCGGCGGCGCCCCCCCUCGAGCGGGGCAUCGAGCGGUACGCGAACGUCAUAUGCAGUGAAACCGGGUUUGAGACCCUGCUGACUUGAAAAUUUUAUUUGUUUUCAUUUUUUGCUCCAGUUUUCAGUUGAUGAGUUAACCUCCCGAAAUAUUGACCUAGCGUUGGCGCGAGAUCGCAAAAUCCGUUGCUCGACCUCUUUUCCUUCUUAAAGUUGUAGAUAAUGUUCGUUUCGGGUAGGUAUUUCAUAAUUAUUUUCGAGUAAAGGUAGAGUUUGAAAUGGUCCAUUCACCUCCAUUGUAAAUAUUAGAUGUAAUUAAUUAUAGAAACUGAGUACUCUAUAUUGUAAAAAAGUAAAAUUCCAAAAAAAGCUACAUUGUUAACGAUCGAAAAGGGAGCACGCGACGACGUCGCACUAACAAUUGUAAGCUGAAGCUCAACGACGGGAGCGGCUCGUUAUAUUGCCUAGUUGUAAAUUGUACAGAAUAUGUUAGGCUGCUCACUUUUGACUCGUGUUUUGGCGAAACACUCGCUCCGCCCGGCCGGCCGACGCCUUCGCGGCGCCACGGACGAUACUUUCCGAUAAAUUUAGUUUUUUAUUUUUGCUUUUUAGUGGUAAAGUGUAUAUUUACUGUAGCGGGCGCCCUCGCUCGUCGUCCGGCGGCGGCGAUCGCGGGCAGCCGGCGGGCUCUCCAAACUGUCGGUUAGUUCGGUUCGGCGCGACCGAUGUCGCUCCCGACGCCAACUUUGUGUGAAAAUUAAAAGUAAGCCUAUGGAUAGUUAUAUACGUUUAUGAGUAGUGGACACUUUAUAUUAUUACGCAUUAUAUAAGUAGAAAACAAUUAUUUAGCUUUUUUUCUUUUUAAUCACAAUAUUAUUCAAAAUUGUAAGUUGUAUUAUAUUAUAACGUUUAUUUUAGUGUAUUACGGCUGCGAUCGUCCACGUUACGCUAACAACUGAUUGGCUGGACUCAAUUAUUUAAUGACUUUUGUUGUAUAUUUUGUUAGGUCAUUGAUUAAUUUUGAUCACUAUGCUUGAACGUAAUCGGGUAAACAUGUUAAUAUGAUUUUUUUUCUAUCUCGCUGUUUUAAUUUAGUUAUUUCUUCUAUUAAAGUCAUUAAAUUUCCAAGAACACUA